UUCCGUUGUUGUCCUCUUCAUUAUUACUUCCGGCAGAAACAAGUGUAACACAAACGGAUGGGUUCAUCGCAGUUUGUCACUACAUAAAACAACUUAGACAUUAUUGUCAGUGUUUAUAUACUUUUUUUUUUACAAAGCUCUAUUAUCUCUCCAUGCUGCUGUGCCGUGUUCUGGCCGUAAGCCAGACGCUAACUAGAUGUACACGGAGGGCACACCGAGGAGGUGGCCUCCAUCGGUCACGCUUUUGUAGCUCGAGCCGCUGUCAUGGCGUCUCUCCAGGCGAGGGCAGCCCACAGUCCGCCGAACCGGGCUCCGCUCAGGCACUCUACCGGGACACUGUGCUCCUUCCCCGUACAGAGUUCCCCAUGAAACUCACAGGGCAGAAGCUGCUCGACAGAGAAGUCGAGAUUCAGCAGAAGUGUGGAUUUGCAGAUUUGUAUACCUGGCAGAGAGAGCGGAAGGCCAAGAAGGAGUUUUGCCUUCAUGAUGGACCUCCAUAUGCCAAUGGAGACCCUCACGUUGGACAUGCGCUCAACAAGAUCCUGAAAGACAUCCGUAACCGCUUUGAGAUGCUGAGGGGACGUCAGGUCCACUAUAUCCCAGGCUGGGACUGUCACGGUCUGCCCAUCGAGCUGAAGGCUCUGGGUGAGCUUGGGACCAUGGACCUCAGCCCUCUGCAGAUCAGACACAAAGCUCGCCAGUUUGCAGAAGGGGCCAUAGCGCGUCAGAUGGCCGCUUUCCAACGCUGGGGGGUGAUGGCUGACUGGAGCCAGUGCUACUACACUUAUGAUGGACCUUAUGAGGCGGCUCAGCUGAAAGUGUUCCAGGAAAUGCACAGCAAGGGGCUCAUCUAUCAAGACUACAAGCCUGUUUUUUGGUCUCCUUCAUCAAGAACUGCUCUUGCAGAGGCCGAAUUGGAAUAUAACCCAGAGCACGUGAGCAGAGCCAUCUAUGCCACAUUCCCCCUGGACACAGUGCCACCUAAGAUAGCAUCAAAAGCAGGUCAGGGUGAUAUUUCUGUGUUGGUGUGGACGACCCAACCUUGGACCAUCCCUGCCAACGAGGCCGUCUGCUACAUGCCCAAUGCCCAGUACUCUGUGGUGCGGAGGAAAGCCGACUCUCAGCUGCUCUUAAUGGCCACUGAAAGAUCCGUCAGCAUGGCAGCGGCGUUGGGCACUGAACUGGAGAGUGUCGCCACAUUCACUGGCUCAGAACUAGAGGGUGGCAUUUGUAGGCAUCCCACAAUUCCCGACAAGGUAGUGCCACUCUUGCCCGCCAAUCAUGUGACAAUGGCAAAAGGAACAGGAUUGGUCCACACAGCACCGGCUCACGGCAUGGAGGAUUACAGUGUGGCUUCACAGUUUAAACUGCCUGUGGAGUGUAUGGUGGAUGAGGAUGGCAAGUUCACAGAGCUGGCAGGUCCAAAGCUCCACCAUCUGUCUGUGUUAAAAGAAGGCAAUGAAAAAGUCAUCUGCAUGCUGAGGGAGUGUGGUGCUUUGGUGAAAGAGGAGAAUUUCAUCCAUAGUUACCCAUAUGACUGGAGGACAAAGCAGCCUGUUGUCAUCAGGCCCAGCAAACAAUGGUUCAUCAACACGGGUUCACUCAAGGACAAGGCAAAGGAAGCUCUGCAAAAGGUCCGUGUUUUACCAGAGUCUGCACGGAGCAGCCUUCUGACCAUGCUCGACAGACGCACGUACUGGUGCAUCUCACGGCAGCGCAGCUGGGGAGUCCCGAUUCCAGUUUUCUACCAUAAAGAAACCGGGGAGGCGCUCAUCAACAAACACACAAUGUCCCACAUAGCAACACUCAUCAAAGAAAAAGGCAGCGACUGUUGGUGGGAGCUUCCAAUCGACGCUUUGCUGCCAGAAGAUGUUCUCAAAAAGAGUAAAGCAGGACCAGCCACUGACUACACCCGUGGAGAGGACGUGCUUGACAUCUGGUUUGACAGUGGAGCUUCAUGGGCAGCCGUUCUAAAAGAGGAGCUGGAAGGAGACUCUGAGGAGCCUGAGUCCCGUCUCAGCUGGCUCCCAGCUUCACUCCUCAAACCGCUGGUCACAGAGACAGACAGCAGGGCAGACACAUACGUAGAAGGGAAGGACCAGAUUGGAGGCUGGUUUCAGUCCUCACUGCUCACCAGCGUCGCCGUCAGGAACAAGGCGCCCUACAAGUCACUGGUGGUCCAUGGCUUUGCUGUGAGUGAGAAGGGAGAGAAAAUGUCCAAGUCCCUUGGGAAUGUUGUGGAUCCUGAUACAGUCAUCAAUGGUGGAAAGGACGCCAGCAUGCCAGCCUACGGGGCAGACGUGCUUCGGUGGUGGGUGGCCGAGUCCAACAUAUUUACUGAGGUUCAGAUCGGACCCUCGGCUCUAAACUCGGCCCGAGACAACAUCAACAAGCUCAGAAACACUUUACGGUUUCUACUUGGCAAUCUGCACGGCUUCGACCUGCAGGCUCAGGCUGUGGACCCCAAGGAGAUGCUCUACAUAGACCAGUACAUGCUUCACCUGCUGCGCGAGUACAGCAUGAAGGUGACAGAUGCUUACAGCGAGUUUGACGCUGGUCGGGUCGUACGCCUCCUUCAAGCUUUCAUGGCCAGAGACCUCUCCAGCUUUUACUUCAGCAUCAUCAAAGACAGGUUGUACUGCGAUGCAGAGGACUCAUUAGGGAGAAGAUCAUGUCAAACGGCCUUGGAGGAGAUUCUAGAUGGAGUGACAAGAUCAAUCGCACCCAUCCUGCCUCAUUUGGCUGAAGAAGUUUACCAGCAUGCACCUGGCCAUGACAAAGAGGAGACACUGUUCCGAAGCGGCUGGAUCAAAAGCAGCUCUGUGUGGAGGCGACCGGGACUGGAGGAGGCGGUGGAGGGGGCGUGCGCCAUCCGGGACGCCUUCUUGUCAUCUAUUCCAGGCAAGAACGCUGCCCAGUAUGACCUCACCAUCGCCAUUGAACCUGGUCUGCUGUUUGAGCUGAUGGAGUCCCUCCAAGAAGAGCCGUCUUCCACCUCCUCCCAGCUGGCUGAGCUCAUGAUGGCGGCCCGUGUCAACCUGAGAAGUGAGAUGCCUCGCGACCUUCCUCCUGAUGCGUUGGUGAGCCACGGCACCUUCCUCAUCAACCUGGAAGGGGGUGUUAUUCGAGAGGAAAGUAGCUUCAAUAUGGCGGCGGUGCCCACUUCCGCCAGCCGAUGUCCUCGCUGUCGGCGCUACACCGCAGAGUCAGCAGACUGCCUGUGCCCACGAUGCCAGACUGUCAUCUCACAAGCUCAGUAGUCGCCAUGGAAACUGGCAGAGCACGAAAGACUUGAAGCUUCUAAUCGAUGCUGAUGCUGUUCCACGUGAGACACAAGUCAGUAUUGCACUUUGUUUUCCGACAGUUCGACUGAGGCACGUCUUCCAGACGAAUACGGUUUACUGUAUUUAUGUUCGGAUCGGUCCUAAAGGGGGCCAAGCAAAGGUCAGUUUUUAUAUGAUGGCAGAAGCGGUCACAACAGGAAGUGUCACUAUGUGAACACUGGACAACAUUGAAGAUAAGGUGUGGAUGAGGUGCCUACCUUUGUAUCAUAAAUUGCACUUAUAUGGGCAAAGAUUAAAAUUAAACCAAAUAAAGUUUAUCGCUGUACAUUUUUAUUGUUUAGGUUUAGUUAGCAGGAGGAGCUGGACUUUGAAGUUCAGAAUAAGAAGGCUUACAGGCACAGGUAGUUAAAGAGAACUGCUUGCAUUUACUGUAUACAGUAGAUGUCCAGCAAAUGGCAAAUAAUUGAUUUGCGCAUAAUUCCUCCAGAACCGUCAUGCUAUCUUGCGUUUACUUGAUUUCGACUCAAUAUUUGUAACAGCAAAAUAAUGUAUUAUGGUUUUGUUGUUUUAGGUACUUUGUUUUAACUGAAUUUAUAUUAUUUUCUAUAAGAAAUGUUGCUUUUUCGAGUCCAUUGUUGUUUGAGUCAGACGUUCUGGAACAAAUUCAUGACUUUAACUAAGGUACCACUGUACUUUUAUCUAAUUUAGCAUCAAAUUCUUGCCAGAACAAAGUGAAAUGUAAGACAAACUAGAGAGGCACCAGAGUGCCAAACGAUACUGUUGUGCACAUCAACAAUGGUUGCUGACAGCGGGAACAGGCUCCAACUUAAAUGGGAAUCACUAAAUAAAUAAAUCCUGUUUGUAAAUUGCAACUAUAUGGGAAAAGAAAACAAUUAAACCAAAUUGAGAUUUACCACUAUAGGAAAAUGUCUUUAUUGUGUUGGGCUUCAGCUCUGUGGGAGGAGCUGGACAUUAGACUUCAGAAUAGAAGGCUUACAGGCACAGUUAGUUGAACAAAACUGCUUGCAUAUAUGUUUAAUAUACAUGGAAAAAAUAAGCAAAUUUUUCUUAAUUAUACUUGACUCUUGCACCUUAUAACGAAACCGAUAACAAGUGAUGAGGACCAUCAAGUCUAAUAUCAAUGAGCUCCAGUACUCCUAAUAACACACAAGCAUUAUUUAUUUAUUAUUCAUGCUACGUACAAAAAUAUGUGGCGAUAAUGGUUAAGAACCAACUGAAACAGUUAAGCUUUAUUAACAUUAUUAGAACAUUAUUAUAACAUUAUUCGAACAUAAGAUCCAUGACCAAAACAAGGGAAAUGUAGUCUUUCUUUCUCUCAUACUCGAUGCAAUUAUGCAGUCUUCAUAAAGUCAGAUGUCUUCAAUAAACCUAAGGGUCAGUCCUCUGUCGUGAGGGCGUCCACCGCCUCCAAAAGAUGUAGUGCCAGGCUGUACUGGGCGUGGUUCUCAGGAAGCAUCUCAAUCAAGUGCCCCACUAGUCUGCUAGUCUGUGGAAGAGGCACCAGGGGGCACCGUAACUCAGUGGGGUCCUGCAACAAGCAAAGUAAUUGAUGUAGUCAAGCCUGUAUGUUGGACUGGGUUGCACAGAUUAUUGACGUAUUUGAGAAUGUAAAUAAAAGGAAAAGGUUUGACCUACAAUGAAAAAAAUGUACUAUGAGACAUGCAAGGGAGUGGCAGGGUUCUCUCUCACCAUAGCCUUUAACCAUGUGCAGAGCGUGGGAGGCAAUCUGGCCAAUAGCUCCAUCGCAGGUUGUGUCUGGUUCUGACUGUGCAGCAGUGAGUAGCUCAGCCUCUGUCCUGUAAUCACCAGCAGCUGAGACCCCAGCACAUCCUUGUCCUCAACCUCUAACAUCACCUAGGAAACAGAGACACGGACCGAGUUAGCUACCAGGUCAAAUCAUCAAAGGAUGUUAGUGGUCCAACUCUAUGCCCUGACCUCUUCAGCCUGCGGGUCCAAGCCCUGGUUGUAGAGCUGGCAGACAAGGUGUCGUCGCAGGAUGUCAGGGUUGACCUGUAGCAGGCUGCCCAACUCCAGACACACUGAGGGCCACCAGUUGGCUUUGGGGUCACAAGUAGGUAGCAAGGGAGGCCUGUCGCCGGGGGUGGAGUUUGACGGAUGGUCUACACACUGUACCCACGAGGUUAGCACGCGUAGAAGGAACUGAGGCAGAUAAGAAGGUGGAAACAAAACCACAGUUUUGAAAAUAAGAUCCUUCAUUGUGUGUCAUAGUGGGGGAAAAAUUGCAGCAGCAAGCUCUUUGGUCCUGUCCUAAUAUCCCAAACCAGUACGUGCCACUGCUACACAAAAAAAUGGAAAUAUGAAUCCCAUGUAGAAUCCUUCUUGGAACACUGCAAGAUCUCCUUUGUAAAUGGAAGAAUGCCAUCAACAUGAACAGCCCUGGAACUUUUAAUUGUUGUUAAUUAACAUCAACGUUAAUCGAUGUUAAUUAAUUAACAUCUAUUAUCUUUGUUUAUCUAAAAUAAAUAUGUUUGAAGUAGAAUAUUUACUAGUGGCUUGGUCUUACACAUACACACAAAUAUAUACAAGAUGCUCCGCAGCAACCAGGAAGUGAGAACUCAUGUCGCCGUGUUGCGUGAAGAAGGUUAUGCACUGAAGGGAGAUUGUAACACAUGCAUGCAAACAAAAGCGCGCACACACUUCAGUUGGAAAUGUGAAAACUGCAAAUAGGUCUUUUUUUCUCUUUUCAUAUACCAUGUCUAUAUAGCCCAAGAACAUUGUGUGACUUGAAAAAUCAGUCAAAAUCAUAAAAAAAAUGGCUGUGAUCGAAUCAGUUCAUUACUUGUGAGAGGAAUGAUCAUUCAUUUAAGAAGACGUAAUGUAAUCCCAAUAAAACCAUAAGCUUUUGUAGCAAAAACACAAGCCACUGGUCCAUGACCCUAGUUGUCACGGGAACACAAACCCAAGCGUAAGAGGCGGGACUCCGACAUCACUGUUUCACAAUUGGUUGCCCACAGAAAGGUAUCAUUUACACCUCAAGUCUUACCUCUUGUCGUAAUAAAACCAGUCCCGGGUCCAUGACUCCACUUGGCAUCAGCUGAAUGGUGGUCAGAUCUCGGAAGAAAGCAUUCUUUCCCUGGAGGAAUAUCACAAUUAAAAUAGCAAUUCACCAAUUAGAGCCUUGAAACAAUGUGGAUAGAAAAUGAUCCUCACCUUGCUGUCAAACAGGCUGAGAGGUUUCACCUUCAGACUGAAGGUCAUGGCGGCAUGGAGCAGGGACGCUAAUAGACAAUGAUGCUGUACCAAAGGAUAGUGGACACCCUUUUGCUCCAGAGCCAGGUCAGCUAUGGAGGCAGGGCCCUCGGCACCGCACCACACCUCCUCAACAGACAGUUCGGGGGGAGGAACUUCUGCUAUGGCGGAGUCCACCUGGUAGGGAGUAGAGGAUGCGGUAAGAAGGAAGAAACAUGUACAAGGAGAUUAGGAUACAGUCAGCCGUGCAGAUAGCAGGCCAAGGAUCUCACCCGAGAGCAUGCUAGCAAACUACAGCAAACUAACUGGCAUUUAAACCGUAACUUUAUGUGUAUUCGGACACCCUGUUGUACAAUUUAGUUUGAUUCAAUGCAUUUUGUACUGCUUUCCUGAUAAAUGCGGAUGUG